GAAGUGUUAUGAUGCUUUAGAAUAUCUCGUAUUCGAGGUCCCAGAUAGAGAACCCUAUCCGAAUUAUUACAUAAGCGAGGUGGUAGACAUCAUCACUUCCUGACUCUAUUGUGCUUCCUUCUCUGCAACCACGUCCAUCAUGAUUUAUCAAUCGCUUUUCGGUCGGGUUAGACUGUCAUUUUCAACCCGCAGAAGCUUGAAAGAUGCUACCUGCAAUUCAUAUAGCCCCAAUGUCGGGGUGUUCCAAAUCUAGGUUCUUAUAAAUCUGUUGCCGUUUGGUGGUUAUCUAUCCAUCACUGCGGUUCGCGCUCUUCAACAGCGCAGCAUUUAUCACAUACCGAUAAGCUCAAUCUAUUUAAUCGACUCUCUGCUGAUAGAGCGGGAGGUGCAGAGUUGAAGCAAUUGAAAGUUAACAACAGUUAACCGGCAGCCAUCCUACAGCGGAAGGUUUACCUGACAUAAUAGAGAGAACACUUUCAUCAUAUAAAACAAAAUAAACAAAUAUCCCAAACAUACCAAAUACAUAUCUUCAACAUGUCUAUCGCGAAUCUUUCAACCGAGUUGCUACAGAAAAUAUACGAGUAUUCCGACCUCGUUGAUAUUCUUCAUUUGUCCCAGACUUCCAAAAAGAAUUAUAAUGCGCUACGCGGACGACGUAUGCCCAUCAUAAGGCAAGCUUUUGAUGAUGAAUAUGGUCCAAUUCCUAGCCUGGUGAAGUUGGUCAUGAGCGAUGAUGCAACGAAAGGUAGAAGUAUUGUCGGCACAGGAGCACGCCGAAAUAUUGCCGUCGAUCGUAUUACACAAGUUCCAGACGAGCCCCAAUUGUCGACCCAGUUAUUGGGCAAAAUGAUGAAAUUCGGCAAAGCUGCUUCUAGAUUUGUCGAGAUCUUUCCACAAUUUAGAUGGCGUCUCGAUUACCAGGACAGGAGAUUUCUUUGGUCUCAUGAACAGCAGCGUCUGCGCCGGGCUAUUUACAAUUACUGGACUUACGCCAUUCUUUUCCACGACGAAAUCUACGUUCAAUACAAUCCUGGUCGUCUCUCGGGCGUCCGUGGCAUGGGUUCUUGGUUUAAUCCUCCGGUUGAGAUCAUAUCUGACCCUCGCUUACGUCUGAUACAAUCAUUUAAUACAAUUGAAAUAGUGCAGCUCAAUGAGUUUCUACAACAUGUGGUCAAGCUCAUUGAACUAGAUCUUUUCCCAUCGGAUUCAACCAUCCAAUCUCAGUACAAUUUUACACCUCAAGCAAUGGAGAAGAUUGCGUGGGGACAUGGUGAAUGGUACCGGUGUCUAGUGGGAAAUCUCCUGAGAUAUGACCCUUUAGAUUUCAUCUAUCUCUACGACCAAACUUUUACCAAGGCGGAAAGGGCAGGAUACAUUUUAACCCGAGGUUUUGAUUUUAGACGUCACAAUACUCCGGCAACUUUAGGCGAUGCAAUAUCUAUCAUUACAGAGAGAAGACGGAAUGCCGCUGGCAAUUCACAUCUUUUUCAUCCUUUGAUGUAUCAGUCUGGCGAUUCGUGUUUGCAGGGGGAUAAUUUGAAAUUUGGUAUAGCGGAUCAUCCUCAUGAGGAGAGCUAUUCGAAGGAUCACCCAUUCAACAAUGAUGGAAAAACGGUUCUUUCUACUGACGAGAUUGAAUGAAGACUUCGGAUGGAUUGGUGACCAAUGUUAUAUUACUUAUAUCAAUUAUUUUCCUAUCAAUUACUUUCCAAUCUUGGUUUUAUGCUUGGGACUUCUUACCAUCAUCUGCGAGAAUAAGAUUGUGUGUAUCUGUGUAUAGAACUUUUUUGACCGGUUAACGAAGAAGUUGGCAUCAACAACUUUAUCAAGAUCAAAUCUAUAAUUCAAAGUGA